AUGAACGGAGAAAUUUCUACACUGGAGCAGCUGCGACAGAAAAUUGGUCGUUUCGAGGAUCCCAAAGAAUUCAUUCAUCGAAAUUAUUCAGCACUUACCGAUUACAUUCAUGUUUUGCAUCGACAAUAUUCGAAUCUUACUCAUGUUUAUUCGGCUGGUGAAUCAGUGGAAGGUCGGCAACUCUGGGUACUCGUCGUCUCUCGAUAUCCUAAAAAACACAAAAAAAAUGUGCCGGAAUUCAAAUAUGUCGCAAACAUGCACGGAAAUGAAGUAACUGGAAGGGUGCUAUUGAUCGCUUUAGCAGAAGUUUUACUCAAAAAUUAUCACACAAACUUAUGGAUUAGACAACUAGUUGAUAGCACGAGGAUUCAUUUGAUGCCAUCAAUGAAUCCUGAUGGAUAUGAAUUGGCUAUUGAAGGUGAUCAUUCUGGCGUUCUCGGACGAGCAAAUUCCAAUGGGAAAGAUCUUAACAGGAAUUUCCCAAGCCGUUUUCCUAAUUACUAUCCAACCAGUGAUAUACAGCCGGAAACUAUUGCGAUUAUGAACUGGACACGUCAAAUUCCGUUUGUUUUGUCUGCUAAUCUGCACGGAGGAACAACAUUGGUAAACUAUCCUUUCGACGACUAUCCAACCCGAAGCCGUCAAAGCCAUUAUUCUCCAUCACCCGAUAAUGCGCUCUUUGUUCGGAUUGCUUACUCCUAUGCAAGAGGUCACGAUCGUAUGUGGAAAAAAGGCCCUCGUUGCUUGAAUGAUGAGCUCAACUUGCCAAUUGAUCCAAAACAUGGAAUUAUAAAUGGAGCUGAUUGGUAUAUCGUGUCAGGCGGAAUGCAAGAUUGGAAUUAUUUGAAUACAAACUGCUUCGAAGUAACAAUUGAAAUUAAUUGCGAAAAGUUCCCUAGAGCGAAAAGUUUGCGAUAUCUCUGGAAUGAAAACAAAUAUGCUCUUCUCCAUUUCAUUUCUUUGGUUCAUGGUGCUAUUCAUGGAACAAUUAAUGACUAUGACACGGGUGAGCCAAUUGUAAAUGCAACUGUCAGUAUUGACGAAAUAGCGAAAAUUGUCGUUAGUUACGGAGAAGGCGAAUUUUGGCGUCUUGUCAAUUUGGGAACAUAUGAACUCACGUUUGAUCAUAACGAUUAUGUUCCUCUGUCGAAAACCGUUCACGUAACUAGUAGAGACCGAUCACCAUUUGUUGAGGUACGACUGAAACGCAGGAUUCCGCAUGCAACGACAACCGAAAACUCUGAUGUAGACAUUACUAACACUUCUAGAGCCGGAAAUAGUAAUCAUGCGUACAUUUUGCCGGGAAAAUCAGAGAAAUACCCAGCUUCCAACGAUAUUCGAAUUAUCACCAUGUCUUCCACUUUUGUUAAAACCUAUGUUUGCUUUAUAUAUCUCUGCUCACUUGUUUUGGUAAUUUAA